AUGUCGUCGGAAUACACGUUUCAAGAUGCGGUAGCUGCAGUACAAUCCGGUCAGCCCUUGACCGAGGCCACCCACACCCUCCUGUCUCACCUCACAAAGGAUGAACGUCUUUCGCUUCUCGACGGAGACGUCGACUUCUGGCCCGGGAUGCGCUCCAUGGUUUGCGAUCGCUACAAUCCAGCUCCGUAUGUCCAUGGUGCCAUCCCACGAUUGCAGAUUCCCGGGAUCCGGUUCACCGAUGGCCCCCGGGGAGUCGUCGUGGGAAACUCCACCGCAUUCCCCAUCUCCAUGGCGCGAGGCGCGACGUGGGACGUUGAGCUUGAGCGCCGCGUGGGCCAUGCUAUCGGACUAGAAGCAAAAGCGCAGGGCGCCAACUUCUUUGCUGGUGUCUGCGUGAACCUCCCGCGGCAUCCGGCGUGGGGUCGCGUCCAGGAAACGUACGGCGAAGAUCCCCUCCUCCUGGGGGAGUUUGGGCUGGCCUUGACAGAGAGCGUACAGAACCAUGUGAUGGCGUGUGUGAAGCACUAUGCCUUGAACUCUAUGGAGAACGCCCGGUUCCGGGUUGACGUGAGGGUAGACGAGGCGGUGCUGCAUGAAGUAUAUCUCGCGCACUUUCGGCGGAUUGUCCAAGGAGGCGUGGCAGCGGUGAUGUCGGCGUAUAACUCGGUCAACGGCGAAUGGGCCGGACAGAAUCAGCAUCUUCUCAACGAGAUCCUGCGCGGUCAAUGGGGUUUCGAUGGCCUGAUCAUGUCGGAUUUCGUCUUCGGGCUGCGCGACGCGACAAAGUCCGUCCGCAAUGGGUUGGAUAUCGAGGCACCGUUCCGACAGCAGCGAGCAAUGCACUUGGCUGCGGCUGUGCAGGAUGGCGAACUGGAAUGGGAUAUAAUCGACAGAUCCAGCGAGCGGAUCUUGCGAAAGCAAGUCGAAUUCGCGAUUCGCACCGAGAAAAGCAACCCAGACCCGGGGGUGGUGUUCUGCGACGAGCACCGGGCACUCGCUCGAGAGGUGGCAUCACGAUCUAUCGUCCUGCUGAAAAACGAACCGAUUGAUGGAAAGCCACUCCUUCCUCUCCAGGCUGCAUCUCUCAAGCGAGUGGCUGUUGUUGGACGGCUCGCCGCGAUGCCCAACACGGGCGAUAAAGGAUCGUCCCAGGUGUUUCCGCCCAGCGUCGUGACUCCCCUGGAGGGCAUUCGGGAUGCCCUCCCUCACGUGGAAGUUCGACAUGCCGAGUCCGUAAAGGAUGCGACUCGUCUCGCGUCAGAAGUCGACGCGGUGAUUUGCAUUGUAGGAUACACCUACAAAGAUGAAGGCGAGUACAUGGUUCCUGCUCUGCAGGAGGAUCCAGUUCUGGGAGACGUUCUACCCCCCGAUCGAACUGGUGAGGAGCGCGAAACCGUCGCCAUCUCGCAGGGGAAAGGGAAGCACGAUGGCGGAGGUGUGGCAGCAGGCGUUGGUGGCGAUCGCACCUCUCUACGGCUUCGCGAGGAUGACGAAAAGCUGGUUCAGGCCGUGCAAGCCCGGAACCCACACACGAUUGUGUCCAUUGUCACGGCUGGGGCGGUGGUGAUGGAAUCAUGGAGGGCCAAGGUUCCGGCGAUCCUGAUGAGUUGGUAUAGCGGAUCGGAAGGAGGACAUGCACUGGCAGAUGUGCUCCUGGGGACGGUCGAUGCCAGCGGACGACUUCCCUUUUCCAUCCCAACAGAUGAACGCCAUCUCCCGUUCUUCGACAUCCAUGCCGCUCAAAUCGACUACGAUCGGUGGUUCGGACAGCAUCUCCUUGAUAAGCUGGGGGUGCCACCAGCCUUUCCCUUUGGAUUCGGGCUCUCGUACACCACAUUCCUUCUGCAAGAGAUUGCAACCUGCCAGCAGGAGAAAGAGAAACUGCAAAUAAAGGUUUCUGUGAAGAAUACCGGCCUGCGAGGUGGAUGGUUGAUUGCGCAAGUAUAUGGCUUGCCAGGGGUCGAUGACUUUCCUGCGCGUUUGCUUCUAGGGUUUCACCCGGUCUAUCUGGAGCCUGAGCAGGAGAAAUUAAUUCCAGUCACUGCUUCUCUCCGACCAGUGCAGCGAUGGAGGGAGGGCGAAUUUGUGUUCCAAUCUACCGACAUGGUGGUGGAGGUGAGCCGGUUUGCAGGAGAUCCAGAUGCUAUCAACAUACGGACUUCCUUGAUGGAUGUCAGAUGA